GAUCACUAUAAGUACCUAUGCAGCGACAUCAUGCAUCGUGUGUAUUGCUGGUCCGAAUCUGAAAAGUACCCGACUAUCGUUAGCGAGGACUCCUUCGGAGCCUGCAUCACUAGAACUGCAAAUAUGCAUUGGUGUAGGCUCAGAAUGAGAAGGUUACGUGCACGGAAGUCCACGGACAUACAUAUAUAUAUGGUCUCGAGCCUUGUUCUUCCCGAGCGUGUGCACUUGGGCUUGCCGGGAGGAACUCGGCGGGAAUUCCAAAGAAACAUCCACACACCCAACUGUCUUUCACACGACAUCCAUGGCAUCCACUGUUACCAUGAGGAUUCACUUUUCGAAGAGUGUGCUGGGUUCGAGCUCACGAGGUGGUGUGUCGGGCUGCUUUCCGUGGCUACCGACGCGGGGAUUGUCAACCUCGAACGAAUCGCUCAGGAAGACUGGACUGUAUGACUUCCAUGUUCAGAAUGGUGCUAAAAUGGUGCCCUUCGCGGGCUACGCGAUGCCUCUCUCGUACGGAUCCGUCGGUCAAGUUGCAAGUCAUAACCAUGUUCGCACGAGUGCCGGAUUGUUUGACGUCGGUCAUAUGGUGCAGUCGAACUUCCGAGGUGUUACUGCAGUGGCGUUUCUGGAAUGGCUUACUCCCUCUUCGUUGAAGUCACUCUCUCCAUAUUCUUCGACUCUCUCUGUUAUCCUCAACGAAAACGGUGGAAUCAUAGACGACACAGUCAUCACCAAACACUCGGACGAUGCAUUCUAUGUAGUAACAAAUGCAGGAAGAAGGGACAGAGAUCUUGCCUGGUUCCGUCAGAAGCUGGAAGAAUGGAACUCAGGUGAACAGGCGAAGGACGGGAAAGUCGAGCAUGAAGUUCUCGAGGAUUGGGGCUUAGUAGCGUUGCAAGGUCCACGAGCUGCUGAGUACCUUCAAAAGUCCACAUCAUUUGACCUUGCCAAACUCACUUUUGGUAAGUCGGCCUAUGUAACUAUUGGAGGCUUUGCCCUCCACGUCGCCCGAGGAGGUUAUACCGGCGAGGAUGGUUUCGAGAUCUCUAUUCCUCCGUCCCAAACCGUCGAUGUAGUACAGCUUCUGUCUCAGUCGCCUGUCCAGCUGGCUGGUCUGGGCGCUCGGGACAGUCUCCGCUUGGAAGCCGGUAUGUGCCUCUACGGAAACGAUCUCGACGAAGAUACGUCCCCUGUUGAGGCAGGGCUCUCGUGGGUAAUCGGAAAGGACAGGAAGGAAUCUGGCAAUUUCAUCGGUGCUGACAGCGUCCGCAAACAUCUUAAAGAUGGUCCUCCCCGGAGACGUGUUGGUCUUGUGGUCGAAGGAGCGCCUGCGAGACAGGGAGCCCAAAUUUUCGCACCCUCAGGGAAAGACAUGAUAGGAAAGGUAACUUCCGGUAUCCCGUCUCCUACCCUCAACAAAAAUAUCGCCAUGGGCUAUGUACUGUCUGGAUGGCACAAGAAAGGCACAGAAGUGGAAGUGGACGUCCGAAACAAACUGCGCAAGGCAGUUGUAACACCGAUGCCAUUUAUCAAGCCGAAUUAUUGGAGGGGCUGACAACCCAUGCGAAAAAGCGAGCACUUUUCAUGUCCCAGGCAAGUCGUAACCAGCCUUUAACAGUUUGUUUGCAUCGCUCUUGUAAUAUCACGGAUGUAACUCCACCGUUUCCAACCAAUCUCGUCUCGCCGAGAAUUUAAUUCGAAAGCUCUGAGCACACAA